CUAAUCCCCACUAUAAUUGAAUGGAGACAUGCAAACAAGUCAUAACAACAUCAUCAAACAAGUCUCUCUCUGUCUCUCUCUCUCGGGCUAGAUUGUGUAGCUAUAUUCACCAUGUCGGACGCAGAGAGCAGCACCAAGAAUAGCUUGCUGCUGCGAGUAGACAGAGAUGAUAAAGUAACCUGCAUUGAUAUUCAAGACGGAUCAUUCACAGAAGAACUCAAGCGGCUUAUAUUCUUCGCAGCUCCUAUGGCGGCUGUAGUCAUCGCUCAGUUCACAUUACAGAUCAUCUCAAUGGUGAUGGUUGGUCACCUUGGAAACCUAGCUCUCGCUAGCGCCUCCUUAGCUUCUUCCUUCUGCAACGUCACUGGCUACAGCUUCAUAAUAGGAUUGUCAUGUGCCUUAGAUACUCUGAGCGGUCAAGCUUAUGGAGCUAAGUUAUACAGGAAACUAGGUCUUCAGACAUACACGGCUAUGUUCUGUCUUACACUAGUAUGUAUCCCUAUAUCCAUCAUAUGGUUCAACAUGGAAAAGCUUCUUGUGUUCCUUGGCCAAGACCAAGAUAUUGCACACGAAGCCGGUAGAUACGCUGCCUGGCUCAUCCCAGGACUGUUCUCAUACGCCGUUACACAGCCUCUAACUCGCUACUUCCAAAACCAGAGCAUGAUCAAACCCCUCCUCGUUACCUCUUGUCUUGUCUUCUGUCUCCACGUCCCUCUGUGCUGGCUUUUGGUUUACAAGUCACGUCUUGGUUUUCUUGGAGGAGCCGUGGCUAUGGGUCUGUCAAGCUGGCUCUCUGCCAUUCUUCUUGGAUCUAUCAUGUGCUUCUCCUCCGCUUGUUCCGAGACACGUGCGCCUCUUUCCAUGGAGACAUUCAAUGGCGUUGGAGAGUUCUUUAGAUAUGCUCUUCCUUCCGCGGCUAUGGUUUGCCUAGAGUGGUGGUCAUUUGAGCUCAUAAUAUUACUAUCUGGUCUCUUACCCAACCCGGAGCUGGAGACUUCUGUGCUCUCUAUCUGUCUCCAAACAAUUUCGACAGUCUCUGCAAUACCAAUUGCCAUCGCGGCUGCAGCAAGCACAAGAAUCUCAAACGAGUUAGGUGCUGGUAACUCUCGAGCAGCUCAUAUCGUGGUCUACACGUCAAUGUUUCUUGCGGUUGUGGAAUCACUGGUAGUGAGUAUGUCUCUGCUAGUAGGAAGUCAUGUUUUCGGCUAUAUUUUCAGCAGUGACGAGAGAACCGUAGACUAUGUUGCAAAGAUGGCUCCAUUUGUCUCUCUUUCUAUCAUUCUAGACGGUUUACAAGCGGUUCUCGCAGGUAUUGCAAGGGGAUGUGGAUGGCAACAUAUAGGGGCUUACAUAAAUUUAGGAGCUUUCUAUCUAUGUGGGAUACCCUUUGCAGCAACUUUAGCCUUCUGGUUUAAUCUAAAAGGUGUUGGCCUUUGGAUUGGAAUACAAGCUGGUGCCCUUCUUCAAAAUUUUCUGCUAGGUCUUUUCACAGGCUUCACAAACUGGCAAAACCAGGCCUUUGAAGCUAGGAAGCGAAUGGCUUUGGCCUGAAAGGUAAUGCAAGCCGCAGCUUAAGAGCACUUACCUAGUCAAAACCAGUUCCUUCUGUUUUACCAUGUUUGUUGUUAAGAUUAUUGGGCUAGUGUUGUAGUAAGCCUGUACAUCCUUCAUGUAUAGUUGUUUUGACCAAGCUUUGCUUCUGGUUUUUAAUGUUUUCCAUUUGCAGUGAGUUAAACUUCAUUUCCAUUCUACUCUGAGGUUGUUUCUUUCAUCUAUACAGCAUAUCUCCCAUGUG